UGUGAUUUCGUUUCAGCAACAAAACCACGUGACCACUGAUGAGGAAGUGAGCACAGAUGGGGGGGAAGAAGCUGCGAAGGCUGACUCUGUAACGUCUGCUCGUGUCGUCUGUUUUUGGCGCUUCAGUAUGACACACACGGAGGCUGUGGUGUGUUUAAACCUGCUCCUGUUUCUUCACGUUGUCGCUCGGCUCGACGCUGAUGGACGGCAGCAGUGGCCCGUUCCUUACAGACGUUUUGAUCAUCGGCCCUCUGUGGACUCUUACUGUGAAGCUCUCUACCCGUUCUGUCCCACCGGAGACCGAGAUGGACGGAUUCCCACCAUGAGGGACAGUGACGUCAUCUCAGUUUAUCGACUGCAAACGCCUGUGUGGGAAUUCAAGUAUGGAGACUUGCUGGGGAAAUUUCAUAUCAUGCAUGAUGCCAUUGGGUUUAGCAGUGCAGAUACUGGGGCCAACUACACCAUGGAGUGGUAUGAGCUGUUCCAGCUGGGUAACUGCACCUUCCCUCACCUCAGACGUGAGGUCUAUGCACCUUUCUGGUGCAACCAGGGAGCUGCCUGCUUCUUCGAAGGCAUCGAUGACUUACACUGGUCACAAAAUGGCACCUUGGAGAAAAUUGGAGAAAUCACAGGGUCCCAGUUUAAUGACAUGGCCCACUGGGUCCAGGGCGACAAUGAGACUGGGAUCUACUAUGAGACAUGGACAGUUCGUUCUGACCCCAGCCCAAACGCCACAGUGUGGUUCGAGUCUUACGACUGCUCCCAGUUUGUCCACCGCACAUACAGGAAACUCACUGAGCUGGGAGCCAAACUAACCAGCAGAACUCAAACCAAUUACACCAAGAUCUACCUGUACAGCGGAGAGCCCACCUACCUCGGCAACGACAGCGCCAUAUUUGGACAGCCCGCUCUAAAAAAUCUGGCGGUGGACAUCCGCACAUUUUACUACACAUUCAGACCACACCAGUCGGUUGUGGACCUUGCCAUCAGUCUGUUCCAGGUUUACAAAAAGGUUGUGCUGGACAAGAGCUUCUACCUCUACUACAACUUUGAGUACUGGCAUCUGCCAAUGAAGCCUCCUUACAUGCAGAUUACAUAUGAAGAGGUGCCUUUGCCUUAACGUGAGACGUUUAUUGCAGUGUUUUCUUCAAGGACUUCAAAUAAUAACUCUUUCAGAAAUGAUUCAUCUAUUGUUGUUUCUCUGCUUUAAUUUCUUUAAUUAAAGGAUGUCCAAAAACCAAUGAUAUUAACAAUUAACAAAAAAAAAACUUUUUGGAGUUUUGCUGAAUUUUCAAAAUAGUUGUUGGGGUUCAAAGUUCAUUCUUGACUCAGGAAACAGCAGCUAACAGUCGAGGUCCUUUUAGUGCCUCUUCUGCAGUUUCCAGUCAUUCAUUUUGCAAAGCCGUUUUUAAAUAUUUAAAACUGUGCAUUGUUUUUUUUUUUUUGUUCAUUUUGUUUGCAGUCCUCUUCAUUACUGCCUUUGUUGGUACACAAUGCACUUGAGUGACACACGUGAUCACAGUCUGUAUGACUGUGUACAUCUGUGCAAGGUGGUCAGUUAUUCUUGGUAUGUAUGUGAUGGGAUGAGCAUUUUGUGUUAAAAGUCAUCUUUUCUGCAAUGCUAUUAAAAACACUAAGGCUUUCCAGAUCCA